GCAGGCAUGCACGGAUGUCAGAAACUAUACGUGUAUGCAAUAUGCGCUAUGUGUCAACGCACAUGCAAUAUAGAAACGGUGAAUCAAUUAGAGGAACAAAAUGCAUUUAAAGUACAAGUGGAUUACAUUCCAUUCAUUGUGACGCUGGAAAUGUCUAAUCAAAUUUCAUGUACAUACUGUCCGUACACUAUACCAACUUACGAAAUAGCGGAGCACCAAAUGGCAGCAAUGCUGACGGCGAGAUCUGGUGAUCGAAUAUUCUGUUGCAUUCUGUUUCUCGCCAAGAAGGGAAACUAGAGUCCCUAUACCGGAAUUAUUGUUGCAGCCAGCGGCUUCGCAACAGCAGGUAAGUUCAGAAGAAAUGUCGUUGUAAUUUUCGCUAUGUGUGUUCUAUUUGGACACUUGGCGAUUGCACGACGAUGCGGCUAGUGCUCCGCGUGUCCGAUAUUCCGCAAGUGGUGACUAGUUACCGACAGGUUAAAAACUCUCCGCUAACAGAAAACAAAUAUCAUUGCAGGCAAAGGCACCGUAGUGCACCACGAACGCAUUCAAGCCAUCGGCCGCUUAUCGCACGACGCUUCUCUGAAGCACCUCGAUCCCGAGCCUGCGAAGCGUUCCCUAGUGCUUCGAUACUCCAUAUGGUACGCCAAGUGCUGUCGGUUCCUGGGAUGCCUUUACAUCAGCAACCUGAACGACGGGACCCUGAAAACGAACAGGGCGACGUGGAAGAGCCCUUACACGCUGUACUCCGCUGCUUUGCUGACGAUGGUCGCAGUGUGCGAAGGAUCCAACAUCGUUCAGAAGAGCAGCUGCAAGGAGGACUUGAAAUGCAAGUUCACGGAUUCUCUCGGCGUCGUGGUUUACGCAUUAACCGGCGUGCAAGUGUUCAUAAACAUCGUAUGCCUGGUUCGAGGAUCCGCGAGGAUUCUGCAGCUUUUACGGGAUUCCGUGGCGUUCGAACGGUCCAGCGCUUUCAAGCCUGUCACCAGGUCCGUGAUCCAGGACCGUUCCUGGUUCAAGGUUGCCCUGAGAAUAUCCGUGCUGGUGGGCUUGGUUGCGACGUUUUCGUUUCUCAGCAUUGUACAGCACAAGAACCUUCAUUCGAGUCGCCAACACUGGCACCCCGUCCUCAAGGUCAUGGCCGUCUGCAGCUCGGUGAUGUUCGUACUCUGUGGGUCGACCAUGUACGUGUCCGCGACCUGUUUCUGCGAAGUCCUGCUUCAGUACGUGAAGGCCCAGGCCGCCGCCUUCGAGCAAUGCCAGGCGACAUGGGCGUCCCGUAUGGCGCUUCGAGAUGCGGCAGCCAGGAUCGAAGCAGUGCGCGUCAACGUCUGCAAGAUAAGGGCCCUCAAGAACGCCGUCAACGAUGUCUGGAGUGUGGCAAUCGUGACCUCGUCGGCCUGUCUUGUCGUCAUGUUGUGCACCACUCUGUACAGGUCGUUCUACAUCAAGGUGGUUCACGAGGAGGCCUGGUUGCGAUUCACGUACACGGUGUACAGCUCCCUCUGCUUUGUUGACCUGGUGCUCGUCAGUAGCGACCUAGGAAACGAGCUCGAAAACUUGAAGGACGCUGCAAAACCUAUGAGCUUGCUUGAUGCAACGGAUGCUUACUCGCUGCAGGUGAGCUACCUGCACGAUAUAAUUGAGCCCGACAGCAUGUGCCUCUCGGCGGGACGUUUCUUCCGAAUCGACCGGACGCUACUCGUUACGAUGGCUGGUACCAUCAUCACAUUCACAGUAAUCCUGGUGCAGACAAGCGACGAUAUCAUGCAGGGGAUCUGA